AUCAUGCCUGACACAGCGCCGAUGCUGAAGGAAGGCGGGUUUCGUUCUACUGCAGUCCAGAGCGUAUGAUCUCUAACGCGAAUAACAAGUGACGUUGGGCAUGGAUCUCCCCUGCCACAGAGUCUGCAGGAUGGCAAUGCUGGCACUACUGGUGCCCACCCUACUGGCACUCAGUGCCUAUGCUGUCCUCGAGGUGCAGGUCCCGGAAAUGCCAGUGGUGGCGCUGUACGGGCAGGACGCCGUUCUCAACUGCUCCUUCGCCCCGCCCGGCCCGUUCAACCUCUCCGACCUCAGCAUCUUCUGGCAGCUGACCGACAGCAAGAGGACCGUGCACGGCUACUGGGACGACCGCGACCAGCUGACCGACCAGGUGGAGGCCUUCGCCAACCGCACCGGGCUCUUCCGCGCCGAGCUGGGCUCGGGGAACGCCUCGCUCCUCCUGCGGAGCGUUGGGGUCGACGACGACGGCAGCUUCACCUGCUUCGUGAGGGUUCGGGAGUACGGCAGCGCGGCCCUGCUGGUGCAGGUCGCCGCCCCUUACUCCAAGCCCCAGGUGACGUGGGAGGCGGACUCGAACCUCGCCGGCCGGGUCCGAGCUCGCGCCGGGUGUACCCGGAGCGCGGCUGACGGGACGGCCGGCCGCAACCUGAACUGCACACGUGACCCGUCUGGGCGAGGGGGCCAAGGAGACCUCUCAGCGUCCACUAGCGCCUCAGGUGACGCCGAAGCCGCACGAACACACGUCCUCUCAACUCACGUCACCCCUGCUGGAGCCGAAGGACACGCCUCCGCCAGCAUCGAAGCUCCCUCUGUGACGGGCCUGAAUAUGAUGUUCCCGCCGGUGGCGCUGUGGGUGACCGUGGGCCUGGCCAUCUGUCUCCUGGGUCUGCUCAUUGCCCUGGCGGUCAUCUGUGGCAGGAAAAUCUGCGAGGAGAUAAAGAAAGGGAAGGAAGGCAAGGAGCUUGAGGAGGACGAAUCCAAGACAGGUGUGAAAGGACAAGUGGUGAACGCCGCCGACAGUGACGAGGAGCCUCCCGGCCCGGGUUUGACUUUUCGGCUUGUCCUUCUGUCACGGUGCGCUGAACUGGGACUAAUGAAGACUUUUCGUGUUGUGACCUCCCCGCUCCCUGCCCUGGACAAAAGGGCUUUACUGGACUGAGUUUGUGAUUUUCAAGUUUGUGAUUUCCUGUUUCUGUGUAAAUAGUACUUUCCACUGUACGCUAAAGAAAAGGCUUGACUCUUCUUGUGUUGGUCAUUAUUUGACAUUUUUCCCCACAGUUAGAUGAUAAAAUGGAAACCAAUUUCAUCCCUGUUCACCCAGUACAAAAAUAUUAGACAGUGCAGGCUAAGGGCUGCGUGCUAACUGUGCUACCUGUAUGAAAGGCUGCCGAGGGAAGCAACAUUCGCUUUGUUUGUUAGCGACAGACAUAGGCUUUCUUCCAUCUCCAAAAGCUGAAUUAUUUACACUUGCAUUUUGUGUGUUUAUAACAAGUAAAAAAUAAAAACUGAAGUAUGUUAGUUCUUAGUUGUUUCAGAGGCAGCUAAAUUCAGAACUGUAAUCGACAAUUAACCAUGUAUCCAUCCACUGGGCACAAUGAGUAGUAGUUGUGCAGCACCGCUUGAAUCGUGAGUCUGGGGUUGCCAGGUUUGCAUUACUAUUGGCUGCAGUGGGAAUGGCAGUAGGAGCACAAGUUUACAGUCGGUGACAUGUAUUCCUGGCAACCCCCAACUCACGCUUGUAUUUCCACCACUUAGCUUAGCAGAGCUAACGUUGCUUCCGUCUGCAGCCAUUCAUAGUGACAUUGCUCAUACGUGUGUCAUGUCUGGGGAACAUGAUAAUGAUUUUUUUUUUUUUUUUUACAAGGUAGUUUGAACUACAUUUUUUUCGCAAGUCGCAUUUCUCUUUAGGGUAGCUGAACUACUUUCAGUGUGAAGUAAUUGGUAGUUUGUAUGACUGCACUUUCCGUGUCGUUCCCCAACACUGGCUAUGCCACUGGUGAUAACAUAAUACACCAAAGAAGCAACCUCCACCCACACAUUUUCAAUUCCCCCAAUCCCCUGCUCUCCUCUCCUCCCAGACUAUAACCUACAGGAGAUUGCAGGGUUUCACCAGCAUUCUACAGCCCCAGCAUUCAUGCCUUUGUAUUGGAAAGUAUGUGAAGGACACAUUCUAAACACAAAGUGAGUAGGGAAACAAAGGACCCUGGCAGGAUUGUCCAUCAGUGUCUACAUAGGAAAUGAACAGCUGUCCGUGAAAAAGCACCCUGUCCACCCUCUUGUCUGCGCUGCUAUAUUCUACUAGAUGGGAUCGGUGAUUGGGAGGGAUGGAGUUUGAAAUUGAAUGUCAUUUAUGCUUUAACAAAGUUCAAAUUGCGCAUGAGAUAAUCUUUUGGCUUCUCGAUGCUUCGACGUCCUUACAGUCUGCAAGGAAAACCGCAGUACAGUUUUCACAGCAAGGUUGAGGUGUAUUUUCAGCCACAGUUUUCUGUGUGUUUUUAAUGCAGGUGCUUAAUGACAUGCUAUAGUUAUAGCAUAGUUAUAUAAACUAUAGUUAUAGUUUUCUUUUUUUUGUAAAAAUAGAGGUGAAGAGGUCUAGUUCACUGCCAAGUCGUGCUUGUAAGGUUCUGUUCUGGAACGUCCUUGUGCCAAAAUGUCAGUGGCAAAAAAUCCUCUGUGAAAAAAAGAGCAGCUGCGUAUUUACAUUAAAAGUAAUUUGGAAACCCUU